AGGGUUGUUUACGCCUACACUCGGUUCAAGAUGGCUGCUGGAGACAACAGCGGUAGGCCUCCUUGCCUAAAUUUCUCCAGUCCGGGUCCUUUGGGAAACAGCCAGCCCAGCAACAGCGUUUUCGCCAUGCCGGCGUCCAACGGCGGAGCGCUCGGUGAGGCCGGCGGAGCGCAGGGAGCAGCGAGGCGGCCCAACCCGCAGGUGGGGCCUGGCGGCGGAGACAGCAACGGCGUUUCGAGCGGAGCUCAGCCGACUGCGCACAACUCCCUGCAGCAGUCCGCUGCGGCAGGUGCUGCGGCAGCCGCAGUAAUGGCCACCCCGGCUUCCAACAUGGCAACCACCGCAGCGUCAAACGCGUUGGCGUCCGGAGCACCGACCCCCACUCCGGCGGCUCCGUCUGUGCUGGUGUACCGAGAGCCGGUGUACAACUGGCAGGCGACGAAGAGCACCGUGAAGGAGAGAUUUGCUUUCCUCUUCAACAACGAAGUGCUCAGUGACGUUCAUUUUUUGGUGGGCAAAGGAUUGGGAGUUCAGAGGAUACCUGCGCACAGGUUUGUUCUGGCUGUGGGGAGCGCAGUGUUUGAUGCCAUGUUCAACGGCGGGAUGGCGACGACUUCAACGGAAAUCGAGCUUCCUGAUGUGGAGCCGGCUGCCUUUCUGGCCCUGUUAAAGUUUCUCUACUCUGAUGAAGUCCAGAUUGGGCCGGAGACGGUGAUGACCACACUAUAUACAGCUAAAAAGUAUGCCGUGCCAGCACUGGAGGCUCACUGUGUGGAGUUCCUCAAGAAGAACCUGAGAGCAGACAACGCUUUCAUGCUGCUCACACAGGCACGGUUGUUUGAUGAGCCGCAGCUUGCCAGCCUUUGUCUAGAGAACAUUGAUAAGAACACUGGAGAUGCUCUCGCCGCUGAAGGCUUUACGGACGUAGAUUUGGAUACAUUGGUGGCGGUGUUGGAGAGGGAUACUCUCGGGGUGAGGGAGGUGCGUUUGUUUGGUGCUUCGGUGCGCUGGGCAGAGGCCGAGGCUCACAGGCAGCAGCUGCAGCCCACACCUGAGAACAGACGCAAAGUGCUGGGCAAAGCUCUCACACUCAUCCGCUUCCCUCUCAUGACCAUUGAGGAGUUUGCUGCAGGUCCAGCCCAGUCCAGUAUUCUGACUGACAGAGAGGUGGUGAGUCUCUUCCUUCACUUCACUGUUAACCCGAAGCCUCGCGUUGAUUUCAUUGACCGGCCUCGCUGCUGCCUCCGCGGGAAGGAGUGCAACAUCACACGUUUUGGACAGGUGGAGAGCCGCUGGGGUUACAGCGGGACAAGCGACCGCAUACGGUUCUCAGUAAACAGGCGGAUAUUUGUGGUUGGCUUCGGUCUCUACGGAUCUAUACACGGACCCACAGACUACCAAGUUAACAUACAGAUCAUUCACACAGACAGCAACACGGUGCUGGGCCAGAAUGAUACAGGCUUCAACUGUGAUGGGUCAGCCAACACCUUCAGAGUCAUGUUCAAAGAACCGGUGGAGAUAUUACCCAAUGUCAACUACACUGCCUGUGCUACACUGAAGGGCCCAGACUCUCAUUACGGGACGAAGGGAAUGCGGAAGGUAACGCACGAGUCAUCAUCUACUGGCACAAAGACGUGUUUCACUUUCUGCUACGCGGCGGGCAACAACAACGGCACUUCUGUAGAGGACGGACAGAUUCCUGAGGUCAUCUUCUACACAUAGUCACCUCUGACAUUGCAAAGAUCUUCCAUCAAAUGUGACGACGUGACACCAGCGCGGGGGGUCAUACCUCAGCAGCCGUUCUGGGGACUAAUCUCUCAGACAUCAUACUGUUCCCUCCAUAUAGUGCACUACUGUUGGCCACACGGGAAGACAAAUAGCCAAAAAGCAAUGUAGGUCACUACAUGGGGCGUAGCUUGUCAUUUGAGACGCUGCCUCUCUUUAUCAGCAGCUUCCUUUUAUCCCUUUUGUGUUGUAGUGAUGCCGCCUCUGAGACGGACAUGACUGUUACCGACUCCACAAAGGAGGAAAAGAAGGAGGGAGGAGCCUCUCAGAUCUGUCACAGUAUCGAUGUCACUGCUGUGGAUUGACGGCAUACAGCUUGACACUGAAUUCUACUUAAGCUGUACGAUUCCCCUUCCUGUACUCCACAGAAUUAGUGCAAAGGAGUCGCAAACUGUAUGAAUGUACAGCUCUGCCAAGACAAGUUUCUCAUCACCGCUCUGUACAGACCAGCAUUUCAUCAAUUCCGCAUCAGCUGUAACUUCCAUAGACCGGUAGACCUCUUAGGCUUCAUAAACUCUUUGAACCAAACCUCAUGUUAAUCUAGACGACAUGAUAAUGGUAAGCAAUUUCCAGGUUUCUACAUAGAGUUCAAUCUGUGAUAUCUUGUGUCCUUGCUUGGUAGUUGCCUAUUCCCAAGUUACCUUGCACUUCUUGGCCUUGCAUAUGUUCAUUUGGUUGUUCUAUGGAUGCACACUAGUUCUUCAGAUAAGUUUCUUUUUAGCUUUGUUUUAAAAAGUGUGGAUGGAAGAGCUUUCCCUCUUGGUGUGGAAUUUAAAGGGUUGUAUAUUAAAGUGUCAUUUAUUAACAUUAUAUAUGUAACUUGAAAUAACUAUUGAUUAAAGUGUGAAGAAAGA